GAGGCUAUAAAUUAAGAAGGGACAUGGAACGAGCGAGUGGGUGGGGGCCAAAGAUGGGGCCACCGUUGGAGGAGAUGUAGGCAUCAUUGUGUCAUGCCGAGACUCGCGGCGGCUCCACGGGCUUGUAGUCUGAUUUGGACGGGCAGAGAUGUCGCCUGGUCGUCUUCGACUUGGAUGAUGUUGUCGCAGUUGCAGUCGCAGUUGCAGUCGCUAGUUUCCUAUGCAUGCAAUGGAGCGUGGCCUAAUGCGAUGUUGUUUGCCGCAGAUGCAUGUGCACGUUCGGUGGCUUGGAGGUGAUAGUUCCCAGGCAAGUGUAACCUGUAUCCUGUUGCAAAUCCACUGCGCAGCUGCGAACAGUGUUAGUCCUUCCUUCCCAGUUAGGAACUAAUUCUGGUGCGGAAUCCUGCUGCAAUGAGCUCAUUACCCAAGGAGCAACACAAUGGAGCAGGCGGACAGUACAGCUUCCCGACUGCGAUGGAUUUGCGUCUGUGGCUUGGCCGUUUCGGUGUAUUCACUGUAUGUGAAAAUGAAGCUGAAGGAGGAUGAGAACUAUAGGCCAAUGUGCGACGUGAACGACAACAUGAGCUGCUCCCUAGUUUUUAAAUCAGGCUAUGGUGAUGGCUUUGGUCUGGGUGGUAUAACCCAAGUAAAUGCGCCAAACGGAGCCAUCGGUUGUAUAUUUUAUGUCCUCUACUUUUUGAGCUCUUUCUUUAAUUAUCAUUGGCUGUGCUUGGCCCAACUGAUAAUAUGCACUUUGACAUUACUGCUCUGCGUUUAUCUGGGAUUCCUGCUGCUUUUCGUGUUUUACGAUUGCUGUUUGGUGUGUGUGACCAUCUACUUCAUACACACAUGGCUCUUUCAGGAAGUCCUACGGCGAUAUAGACGGCUUUAUAUGUAAGAUUAAGUCAAGCUAAGCUGAAAUUAUGAAGAUAAAGACCCAAGUUGAGCUACUAA